UUUCUCUUGAGUUUUACUUUCCAACAAUCGCAUCAUGCCGAAGUCUUUACAGAAGGUUCAUAAGCACAUCUCCAAAAAGCGAGGGGUAGUUGAAGCACUCCAUGAGAACAGCAGAGAUGCGAAGAGAUUGCGCCGUGCAGGUGCUAGAGAUGAUCGAGUAGCUCGUGUCUCUGCCACAAUGGCACGAGGACGACAAUCAUAUAUCGAUCGGAUCGUAUACUUCCACGAGAAUGUCCCCGAGGACGCAGGCAUCUUUUCAGAUAGUGACAUGAUGAACUUAAUCGUUAGAUAUAUCAAUCGAAGCGUCCCUGAGAUCGAGCAAUUGCAGAGUGAGCGGAGGAAAGGCCGGCCCCCCAGCAAGCGAGAGGAAGCCUUACUACAGCGGACGGACGUGGAAAAUAAAGAGUUUAAGACAGGAUUUUGGCUACCCGACCUCGGUCAAGAAGAAGUGCUUAAGGCUCUUGCAACUUGGAAUGGAGAUUGGUCCGGUCUCAGCAGUAUGAAGUUCAUUCGCCUGACUAGGGAUGGUGGGAAGCAGACCUCAGCAUUCCCACCUAAAGGGAUGUCGUGAUGUUUUGAUUUGAUUCUGUUUUGAGAUCGUAUCACCCGUAUUGACUUUGAAACAUAAUGGCGUUGACGACUGUAUAUACCAGCAUAUCGAUAUUCGUUAAUACCUUUUGAGGUUUGACUACAAAAAGCACAUCAACAAGACCGUCUGCUAUGCAUUUUGAAUCACAUCUUGC